UGGAGGCCAAAACCAAAUUCCCGAUUCCUAAUUCCUGAACCGAGGCCGGAGGUAUCUCUCAAUCGCUAUCUAUCCAAAUUAUAAUUCCUCUGAAUCUCUCCGCACUCUGUUGCAUACAAUGCAUUGUGUUUGUUUGUUAACCAGAGUAGUUUGGUACUAGGUUGCUCUACACAUAGAACUAUCGCAUGAUUUGUUUUCAUCUUUUGUUUAUAAUUAUUUCCAUUUGAAUCUAAAAUUUUCUAGAAUUGUAAAUGCCCUACCGUUCUCAGUAAAUGCAACCAAACACACCCUUCAGAGUUAUCGGUGUUUUCACGAGUUCAUAUUUUUAUGCUUUUUUAUUUAUGGAAAUUUUAGUGUAAAGUUAUAAUCUUUCAUCUUCAACACCGGAGUCAGAGCAUUUUGAACCGCUUGUCUUUCCGCAUAUACUAAGUUGAUUACUAGGGUCAGAGAUUUGUUUGACCUCAGUCAUGGCAAAAAGGCUUCUGUUUAACGACACUGAUCAUGUUGGAGUGUUCUGUAAACUUACCAAUACCUACUGUUUGGUCGGGGAAGGUUCCGAUGACUUCUACAGUGAAGUUGUUGCCAAAUUUGAAGAUAUUAUCCCUGUCAUUAAAACCUCCAUUGCUGGCACUAGUUGGGUUGGUCGUUAUUGUAUUGGAAACAAGAACGGGCUUCUCUUGCCCCAUACAACCACACCUGAAGAAUAUCAGCAUAUAAAAAGAAGUCUACCUCAUGCAACUGUUGUGCGGCGCAUCCCAGAAGGAUUGACUUGUUAUGCAAGAUUUAUAGCAUGUAAUGACCAUGUUGCCUUUGCGCACACUGAUCUCCACCAGGAAGUCGAGGAGUUGCUCAACGAUGUCCUUAAGGUAGAGGUUUUCAAGCCGAAGAAAUCUUGUAGUUUUAUUUCUGGAACAUACUGUGCCCUGUCCAACAUAGGUGGUUUGAUCCACCCCAACGCUACCACGACCAAAGAAGUCUUGGAUGAACUUUCUGAAAAUCUUGAAGUUCCUUUUGAAGCUGGGACCGUCAAUGAUGGCAGCGAAACUUUAUUUCCUGGCAUAACAGUAAAUGAUUGGACAGGCUUUUGUGGUUCAACCACCACAAGUGCAGAGCUGCAUGUGAUUAAUAGAGUCUUCAAGCUGAGGAAACCCUAGUCUUGCCAUUAUUAUAAAUGUGUCGGAUGAGAUGAGAAAACUGCUCAUUAGUUAAUAGCUACGUACAUCUGGGUUUUGUCUUUUAUUUUUAUUCUUCAUACGAUGUUGAAUUCUUUUGUUAUUUAAAACUUUUCUAGUAGAAGCUCCCCUUUUUUGUUGGUAA